AUGCUCCAAGCUCAGAACUGCAUGAAGCUCUAUGCUGAUAGACACCGCACUGAGCGUGAAUUCAAUGUUGGUGAUUGGGUUUAUUUGCGCAUUCAACCUUACCGACAUACCUCUCUUGCUGCCCCAAAAAAUUUCAAGUUAUCCCCCAAAUACUAUGGGCCAUAUCAAGUUGAAGCACGCAUUGGCAAAACUGCUUAUCACCUACGCCUCCCACCUUCCGCCAAAAUUCACCCUGUCUUUCAUGUCUCCCUUUUAAAGCUUAAAUUGGGUCAGAACAUUCUUCCCUCCCCUGAUCUUCCACCUACAAUUGCUGGCAAUGAAUUCCAAUGGCUGCCUGAAUCAGUCCUUGACCGUCGUCUCAUCAAACAACACAAUUCUCCAGUUGUUCAAUGGCUUAUCAAAUGGUUUGGUCUACCACAGGCCGACGCCACCUGGGAAAUCGCAGAUGACAUACUGGCUCGUUUUCCCUCCUUUAUCGCAUGA